GGCCAAUCGUGACACAGUCCUGUAGCAUAGUGCAGGCCCGAAGGAGGAAGAGCAGACAACUUUUGUUUUUUGUUUUUUUUUUUGUGGUUGUUUUUUCAGAGUUUAAUGAAGUUGGCCUAGUCACUCAAAAAGGGAUUAAAGGAGAAUUUAGUGUCACUGGGCUGUGACUGCUGAAGAGGAAACUCUAGUGUUCAGGUCACUGUGUGAUCAGGAUGGUCUCAGUUCAGAGCUGUACCAGGAAGAAUAUGGCUGGCUGUCCUCCUGCUGUACCGGGAUAUGGGAGCUCAGGAAAGAGUUUUCUUAUCGACAAUCUGCUGCAGUCUCAGACACCUUCAGCCGCUUCAAAAUGGACAACGAGUGGACACCUGAGACGAGCAGCGUGUGAAUGCCCAAGGAGAACCUGGGGCCCUGAAGACGGAGCCUUGGAAAGUCGGACCCAAAGUUUUCGGCCAGUGAAAGACUUAGGAGGGCCACAUCUGCCACGUUCUGAUGUGCUGAGCAGUGUUUUCCUGCCGAGCCCGCAGUAUCUGUUGGCAUGCUGCGGUGGGUCCAGCCCCCCUCCUGUCUUCUCCAAGGGAGCAAACAUUCAGAUGUGGUCUGCUAAUGCAAGUCCAAACUCACGUAGAGGGAUCCUUAGGAGAGCUGUGUUCUCUGAAGAACAAAGGAAGGAGCUGGAGAGGACCUUUCGAAGACAGAAGUACAUUAGCAAGACAGACAGGAACAAACUGGCAGCUAAUCUCAGCCUUAAGGAGUCACAGGUAAAGAUUUGGUUCCAGAACCGGCGCAUGAAGUGGCGAAACUGUAAAGAGAAGGAGGUUCAUAACAUUCGUUCCCCAAUGGAUGAGCUCAUGGCCCGCGGUCUUGGUCAGGAAGAAGAACCACAGAAUUACACUAAUGCAAAAACAGAGAGAUCAUCAAAGCAAAAGAGUGCCAAAGACACAUGAGAGGUCAUAAUGUACGGAGGGCAAACUUUACAUCUACAAAAUAAAAAGACUACAAUACUCUGAGGGUUCUAAAAAUAUAUGGAUGAAACAUUGUCUGUGUAUGUGUAUGGCACGUUUCUUGGCAUGAUAAAUGCAAUUUGGUUCAGCUGCUUGGUCAAUCACAUUGCAGUGCACUGGCUUCAGUAAGCAGUUUCAUGGCUAUUACACUGACAAGUAUUUCCAGGAGAGACUGUAAUUGGAGUCCAUUAAAGGCCCGAAUGAGUCACUUCAUUUACUGCACUUCCAUAUUAGGCUGUUUUAUAUUUCACAUUUUCAUAAGCUCUACACUUAUGCUUUGUUUGUAAUCCAAGUCCAUUGGAACUCAUGUUUCACUUUCUAUAUUUUGUAAAUAUUUUUG